CCAUCUUUUGGGGCAAUGGAUCCUUGGGGACUCAGCACGACUGCCCUCCUGGCUUGUGUCCUUUUCCUGAUCUUGUCUCUAUGGAUGCAAGGACUCAAAAAGGGGAAGCUCCCACCAGGUCCCACCCCUCUUCCCUUUUUUGGCAACAUCCUGCAGUUGGAUGUGAAGAACAUCAUUACAUCGUUCUCACAGCUGGCUGAAAAAUAUGGACCCAUCUAUACUAUUUAUUUUGGACCCCAGCGUGUUGUGGUGCUACAUGGAUAUGACAUUUUGAAGGAAGCUCUAAUUGAUCAAGGAGAUGCAUUUAUAGACAGAGGAAGUAUUGCAAUAUUUGAAGAUGUAAUGAAAGGAAAAGGAGUUGUUUUUAGUCGUGGAGAGAGGUGGAAACAACUCCGCAGAUUUUCCCUGAUGACCCUAAGGAACUUUGGGAUGGGGAAGAGAAGCAUUGAAGAGAGAGUUCAAGAAGAAGCCCAAUGCCUGGUGGAGGAGCUCCGGAAAACAAAAGGCCAGCCCACUGAUCCUACCUUCAUCCUUUCCUGUGCCCCAUGCAAUGUGAUCUGCUCUGUCCUGUUCCGUGAUCGAUUCCAGUACGAUGAUGAGAAAUUUCUGUAUCUGAUGACCAUGUUAAAUACUAACUUUCAGCUGCUUAACUCAACAUGGAUACAGCUCUACAACUUCUUACCUAGGUUCAGAGUGUACCUCCCUGGAAUCCAUAAAAGAUAUAUGAGAAAUGUGCAGAAAAUGAGAAGUUUCAUUUUGGAAAGAGUGAAGGAGCAUCAAAAGAUGCUGGACCCCAGCAACCCUCAAGACUACAUUGACUGCUACCUCUCUAAAAUGCAGCAGGAAAAAGAUAAUCCCCAGUCAGAAUUUGACUUAGAGAAUCUAGUAGUGGCUGCAGCAGAUUUAUUUGGUGCAGGAACAGAGACAACCAGUAGCACUCUAAGAUAUGGCCUGCUGCUCUUUCUGAAACAUCCUGAGGUCCAAGCAAAAACUCAUGAGGAAAUUGAUCGUGUGAUUGGACGUAAUCGAGUUCCUUCCAUAAUGGACAGACAAAAUAUGCCCUAUACGGAUGCUGUGGUCCACGAAGUGCAAAGAUUCAUUAACCUCACACCUGCCAGUUUGCCCCAUGCAGUAACCCAGGAUAUCCAGUUCCAAAAAUAUGUCCUCCCCAAGGGCACAACAAUCUUCCCCCUGCUCUAUCCAGUUUUGCAUGACAGCAAAGAGUUCCCCAACCCUGACCAGUUUGACCCCCAGCACUUCCUGGAUGAAAAUGAGAAUUUCAAGAAAAGUGACUACUUCAUGCCUUUUUCCAUUGGAAAACGGUCUUGUCUUGGAGAGGGCCUGGCGAGGAUGGAGUUGUUUUUGUUCCUUACCACCAUUCUGCAGAACUUCACCCUCAAACCAGUUGGUGAUCCAAAUGAAAUUAGCAUCAAGAGUAAACGUUCUGGGUUCAUCACUCUUCCACCACAUUACCAACUAUGCCUUCUUCCUCGCUAAGGAAGAAGACAAAGCUGAUUUGGUAAAUUAGCCAGCUGGUUUCAUUGUCUGGAUUCAAUACUCUCAUAUUUUUGAUUGGAAUCCCCUUGAGGAAAAAAACAAUUCCCACCUAACCAUUAAAAUGGGUCUUAAUUUCCAGAGAGAAGACAGGCUAGCAGGGUGCCUUGUGUGUCAUUAUGUAAUAAGGGCCGCCUUAUUCACGUGCAGCUCUCUCACCAAUGUCUCCACCAUGCUCUAAUUCACACCCUCAUUUCCAGUUUUAGGGUAUGAAGGAAGUUCUCUAAAAUAUUCCCCCAGAAAACCCAUAUUAGUUUGUAUGUUUCUUUUCAAAUAUCCUCAAGGAUGAUUUUAUUUUCUAUUGUGUAGAUUUUGUUUGUGAAUUGGGGUGUAAUAAACACAGCUGUUGCUAAUGAC